AUGCGCCUUUCCGGCGCCCUUCUCUCCCCCCUGAUUCUCCUCCUCCUUCUCCUCGGCAAUGCCUCGGUGGUCUCCGCAAAAGUCGGCCCUUCCUGUCUGAAAGUUGUCCUGGCGCUGACAGGUCGACCGAGCGAACUGUUUGAGAAAUUCCAGCGCGAGAUCUGCGACAAGGGAUGCCAACCGACGGUGCCGCACUGGGACCUGUGGACGCGCAACAACACUUUCGUGCCGGCGGUUCGCAACAUGAUGAAGCGUUUGAAUGCGCCACGGCAAGAGGACGCCAUGCUGAAGCUGGGCGACGACGCGGCCGCCAUUAUCAAGAAGCACUGUGGACCGAUGCUGCAGGGACGCGACAUUUGUUCGGAUUCGGAGACGCUGGCGGCGUUUGGCAACUGCUUCAAGAAGAACUUUCUCCGGGCGGCCAUGAAGAACCUGCCGACGCUGCUCCCGCUGGCAUCGGAGGAGGUCUGUCGCGAGCAGUACGAAUGGCUACAGAAGGAUCAACUGUGGGAGGAAAUCAUCCCGAACAACAUGCGCGAGUACGCGCGGGGUUGUGUAGUGAAGCGAUUCGGAGAUACUGCGGAGAACAUUUCGUACGAGAUUGCUUACUCCUUCCAGCCGUUUGUGCCUCCGUCGCCCAGUUCGCUGGGCAAGCCGACCCCGGCAAAGACCUACCAUCGCACUCGCAAGUGGUUGCGCCGCCUGGUCUACUUCUCCCUAGCCACCGGCGUCGUCUACGCCAUCGACUCCCAAUUCUACGCCUCCUCUCUGACCCGCACCGCGCGAACCUUCUCCCUCGGCCUCAUCGUCGCCCUCGACUACAAAAUCAACUUCCGUCCGAACCCGCCCCUCGCCAGCUCCAUCGCCGCCGUGCACACCCGCAACGCCGAGCGCCUCUCGGACCUCCUCCGCCAGAAUGGCGGCCUCUACCUGAAGAUCGGCCAGGCGAUCGCCAUGCAGUCGGCCAUCCUGCCGCCCGAGUUCCAGAAAAUGUUCUCGCGCAUGUUCGACGACGCCCCGCAGAAUGACUGGAAGGACGUGGAAAAGGUCAUCCGCGAGGACUUCGGCAAGUCGCCCGAGGAGGUCUUCGGCGUGUCGUUCUCGGGCGACCCGACCAAGGGCGUCAUGGAGCGGCGGGCGCGCGCCAGCGCCUCGGUCGCGCAGGUGCACUGGGCGCGGCUCGCCGACGGCCGCGAGGUCGCCAUCAAGAUCCAGAAGCGCGAGAUCGCCCAGCAGAUCCAGUGGGAUCUCUGGGCGUUCAAGGUCGUCACCUGGAUCUACAGCAAGGUCUUCGACAUCCCCUUCUACUCGCUCGUGCCCUACAUCAACGAGCGCCUCUACCUCGAGACCGAUUUCCAGAAUGAGGCACAGAACUCCGAGACUAUGAGCCGCCUCGUCGCCGGCGAGUCCCGCCUCCGCGGCCGCGUCUACAUCCCCCGCGUCUACCACGACCUCAGCUCGCGCCGCGUCAUGACCGCCGAGUGGAUCGAGGGCGUGCGCCUCUGGGACAAGGACGCCAUCACGCGCGGCUGGCGCGGCGGCUGGCGCGAGGGCAGCCCGGGCUGCCACGGCACACCCCUCGACCCGUCUCCGUCCAGUGGGCAGAAGCCCCCCGCAGCGAACGAAGACCUCUCCGCCCUCGUGCGCCGCAACCCCAACCUCGCCAAGAUCAAACCCGAGCGCGACCAUUGGCGCGGCUGGAACGGCCGCGGCGGGCUGGGCCUGUCGCUGAAGGAAGUCAUGACGACGAUGGUGGACCUGUUCUCCGCGCAGAUGUUCCUCUGGGGCUUCGUGCACUGCGACCCGCACCCGGGCAACAUCUUCGUGCGGCGCAAACCCUCCGGCCACGCGGAGCUCGUCCUCAUCGACCACGGCCUCUACAUCCACAUGGACACCGCCUUCCGCCACCAGUACGCCGCCUUCUGGGAGGCGCUGCUGACCUUCGACAACGCCACGCUGGGCGACAUCGUGCGCGGCUGGGGCGUCUCCAACCCGGACAUCUUCGCCUCCGCCACCCUCAUGCGCCCCUACCAGGGCGGCGACCGCUCCACGCAACUGAACCUCGAGGGCCUCAGCCGCACCGAGCGCGCCCAGCGCGCCUACGAGAUGCAGCAGGCCGCCCGCCGCGGCGUGCGCGAGAUCCUCGGCGACGAGACCAAGUGGCCCAAGCAGCUCAUUUUCCUCGGCCGCAACCUGCGCAUCGUCCAGGCCAACAACCAGUUCCUCGGGUCGCCCGUCAACCGCGUCAAGAUCACCGGCACGUGGGCGUCGCGCGCGCUGGUCGAGUCGCCCGAUCUGCCGCUCGCGCAGAAGAUCCGCAACUUUGGGCGCCAUUUGCUUUUCCGCUUCGUGCUGUUCUCUUCCGAUGUGUUCUUUUAUUUUACCAAGGUGCGCCAGUUCUUGCAUCUGGGCGGCGGCAUGGAGGAUUCCAUUGAGGCGCAGAUGCAGACCAUGGCUAAGGAUAUGGGGGUUGAGUUGAACCACAGCGUGUUCGAGGGGUAG